AUGAAGCUUUCCAGCAACGUCGUGGCACUCGCCGUCCUCAGUGGCGGCCUCGCCAACGCCAGUCCGAUGCGGGUCAUCAUUGCGUCCAGCAACGGCAACGUGGCGGAGCUGCACGCCGUCGAUGUGGCACGGCUAACCAAGCCCGUGCCCGUCCCGAUAGGCAGGAUCGGCAUCCCGCACGCCAUGCCCAUGCCCAUCGUCGAGGGCGCUGUCGGCGCUGUGGCUGUCCCCGUCCCCAUCCAGCUCACCAACGUUGUCCCUGCCCUCACCCAUGGCCAGCAAGGGAAGCCCUGCGGCCGUGGUGGUCUCCGUUACCAGGCGGGCAAGAUGGUCGCCGCCGUCAAGAUUGCCUUUGGGUUUUCUAUCAAGAGUGGCGGCGGAGAGCCUACGCGCCCGCCGCCUGGAACAGAGUUCCCCCCCGGCUUGCCGCCCAUUCUGGAGGGCCCCGGUCAUGGCCAUGGCCCGCACCAUCUUCUCCCCGUUGACGCCCCGGUCAAGGUGCACGUGCACCAUGCGCAGCACAAGCACGCCCACCAUAUGCACGCCCACGGCCAUGGCGUCCCGGAGUCCUUCCUCGGCCGCGUACAUGUCGCGUUGAUGAGUCUGGGUCCAUGGGAGGGCCGCGCCGUCGCUUUCGUUCUUGGUUGCGGCAUUGGCGUCCUCCUCCGCAUGUUCUUCGUCCUCUCCGUACUCGCCGUCCGCGCUUUCCGCGCCCGCGCUGCGCCCGAGGCGGAGUACUACACCGUGCUCGAAAUCGAGGAUGUCGACGCCGAGGAGAUAUUCGUCGCGCCGCCCAUGUACACCACGCCUGUCCCGGUUGCCGUCGUCGUAGAUGAGAACGGCUUCCCGUUGGAGAAGACUGAAGAGAGCAAGUGA